AUGUUUCGAUCGCAUCGCAAGUUGGCACUUGCCAUUGGCAUUAGUGAUUAUGAGCGUAAUAUCAGAUUACCUAAUACAAUAAAUGAUGCACGUGAUAUGUCAUCAAAGACAUAUUAUUUACGCAGUGAACCAUUGAUCAAAGCGACAGCACGUUCGCUUAAUUCAAAUACUUCUAACCCGAUUGGUUUAAAAGAAAUGAUCGUAAAAGCUGGAAUGUUAAUUGCAUAUGCCUGCGCACCCGGAACAAUAGCAAAUGAUGUACCUAAUGAAAGAAAUGGUUUAUUUACAAAACAUCUACUGGAACAUAUUGGAACUCCAAACAAAGAUAUUCGAAUGGUAGUAGCUAAUGUCACAAAUGGAGUCAAGGCUGAAUCCCGAUGGAAACAAAUACCACAUCUUACUACUAACCUUUCUGCGGAAAAUGUAUACUUAUUUGAAUUGAGUCCAGGUAAAUACUAA